AUGGCCACCUCAGGGCCAUCGAGCCCUGUGCUGAUGCGACAGAAUUACCACUCUGACUGUGAAUUGGCGGUCAACAACCAGAUCCAGCUGCAGCUCUACGCCUCCUACGUCUAUCUGUCCAUGGCUUUCCACUGUGGCCGCGACGACGUGGCUCUGGAACAUUUUAGCUCUUUCUUCCUGCGCCAGUCACACAGAUGGAAGGCGAGCGCCGAGAAGCUCCUGAAAAUGCAAAAUGAUCGUGGUGGCCGCAUGAAUCUGCGCGACAUCGCCCAGCCGGAUCGCGACAACUGGCAUGGUGGCCUCCAGACCUUGGAGAGUUCCUUCCAUCUGGAGAUGACCAUCGCGGAGAGCCUCCUCGAUCUGUACCAUGUGGCCGACGGCAGAGGUGACAAGCAUCUGUGCAGCUUCAUUAAGGAAAAUUUCCUGAACCAGCAGCAGGACAUGCUCUUGAAGCUGGAGCAUUUCCUGAUCAACCUGCGUAAAGUCUGCUCUCUGGGAGAUAAGAUUGGCGAAUACCUCUUUGACCGCCUCACCCUGGGUGACAAAGACCAGAAAGGUUGA